UUGUCCUAUACGAAUUCGAAUCGCGAAUCGAGCACAAAUUAUUUGAUUCGUUUAUAACCCUAUUUUUAUGUCAUUGUCGAAUUUUUAUGUCACUGUUAUAUGUCACUACCAGAUUUUUAUGUCACUUUUGAAAUGUCAAUAUGGAUUUUUAUGUCACUUUCAAAUGUCACUACACCGGAAAACGGGUCACUAGGUCGUCGAAAAAUUUUCCAGGGACUUUUUCGCAUCAAAAUCUUCACCGGAAACCUUCAACCUGCCGCCUCGACACCGCCGUCAUUGCGUGAGACUGCUUACGCCCUAACCCCAGCCCCCUCCCUGCUCCCCCAGACCCCCUUUCUACCCCCAGCCCCCUCUCCUGCAACCCCAACCCCAUUCCCCGCUACCCCAGCCCCUUUUCUGCCCCUAGCCCCCUCCCCUGCAACCCUAACCCCCUCCCCUGCAACCCCAGCUCAGAUCCAGCCGUUUAGCCACUCAAUCUUUGUCGUACAUCUCCGACCACCCUAACCAGCCCAAAUCCACCCCUUCCAGCCCCAAUCCACCCCUUCCAGCCCCACCUUUGACAGCCCAACCUAGCCCCGACCACCGCCAAUGAACCCUAGCUGUCGCCCUCCCUCAGAUCUGGCCGCUUUUUUGCUCACCAUGGGAUAGCAGACCGGAAGAAGAGAGAAGAGUGGCAGUGAUGCCAAGGGAGAGGUGAAUCGGCGGCAGCGACGAUGGAAUCGACAUCGGUGACUCUCUCUCAAGGUGUCUGCAGGUGCGGCUCUGUGUUCUCACAUAGGAGCUCUGGAACGGAGAAGACGAGUGAGAAGAGAGUAGACGAAGUGUGGGAGAUGAUGUCUGCAAGUCGGGGCGAAGUCUUGGGGACGGAAGACGACGGAUGAGCGCUGGACGGAAGCCUUGUUGAUUCAGCGCUACGAGGACGGAAGAUAAAAGCUUGGAGACGGAUAAGAGCGUUUAUGCGAUGGAAUACUUAGCCCGUCACUUUCCAGUCACUUUUUUGUCAAAUUGAAAUAUGGUCAUAUUUUUGUCAACAACAACUCUAGAUAGGGAUGUCAAAAAAACUCAACCCACAAUGAUCCGCCCUGGCCCGAGACAUUUGGGGCGGGUCCGCCCCGCCCCAUCUUGCAAAUGGGGCGGGUCCGCCCCGCCUAUACAAUGGGGCGGGUCCGGGUAUUAGAAUUGACCCGUGCCGCCCCGACCCGCCGCGCCCCGACCCGUUCAAUAUAUAAGUAUACAUAAUUUUUCUUAACUUAUACUACAAAUAUACUUCAACAUACAUAUGUGUGUAUACAAUAAAUCAUAAAUUCUU